GCGGGGUGCGGCCUCGCGGUGACCCGGGCGCAGACGCCGUUGCCGCCGCCGGAAGUGCCGUGUGCGGUUGGCGCUGGCGGCCGCGGCGCGGCAGAGCUGGGGCUGCCGCGGGGAGGGCAGCUGAGCUCCCGGGGCGGCCGGCGGCGACGGCCAUGGGAGCCGAGCAGAGCGCGGAGUCCGAGGGCCGCACCGGCGAGCCGGGCGCCGCAGCAUCUCCCUCACCAGCCAAGCAACGAGCAAAAAUGGAUGACAUUGUGGUAGUAGCCCCAGGAACACAGUCUUCCCGUAACGUGAGCAACGAUCCAGAUGUCAUUAAACUGCAGGAGAUCCCAACUUUCCAGCCCCUUUUAAAAGGACUCCUCAGUGGGCAGACCUCUCCGACCAACGCCAAACUGGAGAAGCUAGACCCCCAGCAGGUGCUGCAGCUCUGCCUCCGGUACCAAGACCAUCUUCACCAAUGUGCAGAAGCAGUUGCCUUUGACCAGAACGCGUUAGUGAAGCGCAUCAAGGAGAUGGAUCUCUCUGUGGAAACUCUGUAUAGCUUCAUGCAGGAGCGCCAGAAGAGGUAUGCCAAGUAUGCAGAGCAGAUCCAGAAGGUCAACGAGAUGUCUGCCAUCCUGCGCCGCAUCCAGAUGGGCAUUGACCAGACGAUCCCCCUCAUGGAGAGGCUGAACAGCAUGCUGCCGGAGAGCGAGCGGCUGGAGCCCUUCAGCAUGAAACCUGAGCGGGAGCUGAAGGCUUAGCUGAGCCAGCAGACUCCCCUUCCUCACCGUCCGCACUUGAGCGCUCGGCACAGACAUACUUCCAGCACGCUCACCGGGCAGAUGUUUGGCACAGACAGCCACGCUGCCUGACUCCUCUCCAGGGCAUUGGAGGAAGAGCAGUGUCAGCUGCCAGAGCUGCGCAGCCAGGAAUCCAGGAGCUCCCUCGUCCUGUUGCUUGGAGGAGGAAACCUACCACUCUUUCGUCUCCCUCCUCAUGCCCUGCUGUCUUCUUUACCGCUACCACCGCCUGUGUUGAAACAGUUGUUUCAUUCCUCAAACUAGAUCAGGUUUUGCAGAGGAGGCGUUCUUUCAUCUGAUCUUUUGACCAGAAAAAUUCAAAGAGAUUAUGGGUGUGACAUGCCCUCUCACAUGCUUUCUGUGCCACUGGGGUUUAGACAAUUAGAUGGCUGGCAGAUAUUUCUGAGAUCCCCUGGCCUUGGAAAUGUGUACGUUUUAUAGGUGGAAGUGUGGGAACCAGGAACUGGCUUAUUAAAAUCUGCCUAUUAUCAUAAUUAACAUGGUUUGCAUGGUGGGGUUUUGGCAUCCCCUUCCUUGAGGCUCCUGUUUUUAUGGGCUUACUAAUUUAUGAGGCUGUAAAUGAAUAACUGUUCCAGAUAUGUAUGUCUGUUGCUGUUAAGCAGGCCUUUGAGCUUCUCUCUCCCCUGGCCUGGAAAUGGCUCCAUCCCUGAUGGCAGCCGUGUCCCUUGCCUGACAGCAAUUCACACAGGCACCGGCACCUACCUGUUCACUUUGCCUCCCAAAAGUGGACAUGAGGUGUCUUUUUCAGGAUGCUCCAGUUAGCUUAGUGCUGUCUUUUAUACCAGAGGGAUGUAGUUCUUUCCGUAGCUUCCUGUGUAUGGAGUUGGAGAUUUGAAGUCCUUUGGGCUUGGUGCGUUGGCCUAGCUGUCGUCAUGUUGAGAGCUUGCUCAAGCAUCAUAUUUGGUGACCAAAACCCUUUGGGAUCGUGCUCAGCAAACUGCUCCAAUGGCAACAGGAUGUUCUUCCGUUACCGGAAGCGGAGGGCCCUGCUGGAAGGCAGGCAGCCCGUUCGCAUAGCCAGGGCCUUGGCAAACUGUUACGUUGCCAAGUCUGCCCCUGUUCUGCUAGCCACAGGCAAUUUGCAGCACCUCCCUAAGCCUUAGUUUCUCCCUGUGUAAAAUGGAAUAUUUUACGCACUGUUGUAAAAUAUUUACAGAUCUAGAAAUAAAGUGUUUAACGGCCUGUUUUGCCAUGGUGUGGCAGCUCUUGUCCACGGCAGGAAGAAGCCAAAAGUGAGGAGCCCUGGGCUUGCAGGGUCAAGCGGAGGCUCGCAUUUAUUUUGUUAAUCCUAGGAUGCUGCUGCUGGUGAAGAGGCUGAAGCGUGCCCACGAGCCUGAACGGGGGCUUUCCUUUGUGAGGCAGAUGCUGCCAUGGCCUAGGUCCAGCACGCAGCUCCAGCUGGAAGGACGGCUGUUGCUGAGAGUGACAACCAGUCUUCCAGGACAGUGCAAGGCUAAGUGAUUUGCCAAAGAUGACUUGCUUGAAUACCUCUUAGUACUUGUGUUUACUCAGCAAGAGAUUGUCUCCUAGCAUUUGAGAAUAACAGCACCGUAGAUUUUUGAUAGUAUUAAUUGCCGCCUGGUGGCAGGAAGCAACAGGCACUUCUGUUUCGUUGCAUUACUGAAGGUUAGGUAGCUGAGAGUGAAUUUUUAUAAUGCAGAGUGCAGCCAACUUAGGUUUGUAUUUACAGCAUGGUAAGUGAUUGGAUUUUGGAGCCCUGUGAACAUUGAGGACAGAGUCCCUUAGAAAUGAAGCCUUUGGAAGGAUUUCCAGGAAGGAACAACCGAGUACUUCACACAUGGCAAACCCCAGAGCAGGAGACUUUCUAGCAAGGUCAGCAGAAUGGGUCUAGUUCUCAACUGUUUUCCACCCUGGAGUUGUGAUUAUGUUUGUACAUACGUAUACAUAUACUGUAUGUUGUACAGGAUAUAGCAUUGCGCGAAUCAGACUUCCAUCCUUGCUCAUGUGGGCUUGCAGUAUUUUACACUUAUAAGCAGUUCUCAUGCUUGCACAAGGCUUAAAAACCCACAAAAACCUGUUUUUUAUGCCGUUGAGGCAAAAUUAAUGCAGUCUGUAUGACCAUGCUGUAAAGCUCCCUGUUAUCCAUCAUGGAAUACCUCUCUGCCACUUGCCAUCAGACACACUAGAAUAUUUGGCGACUUUAAAUAGCUGCUGCAGGCAUUUCUGUCCUCCUCUUCCAGAUUGUGCUGUCUGGAAAUUUAGAAUGUGCAACAUGCAGCCAUCUAUCUCUGUCAAAUGUGAUAAUAGAUACCCUGCGCCCCGCAGUGCUGGAAGCUUAUCCCAGUGGGAAGGUCCUGAUACUGGAUCUUGAGGCAGGAGUUAGGUUGCAGAUGCUCUCUCCUGGAAAGCCCAAGGCAUUUAGCCUUGUACUAUUAAGUAUCAGAUCAAAGCAUUGCUCCUUGCAGUGCUAAUGAGCGCAAGGGAAUAGUACUACCCUAUCUGAAACGUGCAGGAGCUAGGGCUGCAAAUCAGGGCCUUCCUUAUUUGCCAUGAAACACCUAGACAUUGGGCUGAUAAUGGAAGAAAAGUGCAUAUUCCUUUGAAUACUGUCCUUUAAACUUCUGGAUUCUGGGCCUCCCAACUAGAGCUUUCUGAACAGCAAGGCUAAGCUGUGAAAAAUACAGUAGUUGAACCAGAUAACAGAGCUGAAACUUGAAGGCCAACCUCUUCCAAAGUGCACAGGUAGAUGCCACCUACUUCUGCUCAGCAGGUGAUACAAAAUCUGUGUCCUGUAAAAUAUUAUGCACCCUCUAGUUCUCAUUCUCAAAUGAUGGUUUACAGUUUUAUUUCAAUCUUUGUUACUAGCUUAAUUACCUGUAAGUCUUUGGACCGCUUGCUGAGGGGAUGUGACUUCCUUGUGUGUGCUGCUGAGCUGCAGUUUCUGUUGCUUGGCUGCUCUGCACUUGCUUUGCUCUGUGUGCGGCUUUUGGACUCAUCUUGGCUGCAGGUGAUGCUCAAGGUGAGGCUGUAGCUUGGCUACCUUUCACGCUGCCUAGCAGGAGAUUUGUGAUGAGUGGAAUUACGUUUCUGCCUAUAGAUUUUUUCUUUUCCAAGCAAACACUUUUGGAGAAGGCCUUGGCUGUCUCUCUCGUGAAUGCACUAUCCAUUACCUUUACCCAGAAGGAUAGCUUGCUAAGAACAGAGAAUGACCUGGCAGGGUUCACUGAAAAGAAACAUUUCUGCCCUUUUUUUGCUUUAUGACAUGGAAAACAAAAAGCUGGUGCACAGCCUGGAGUGCAGAAGAAGCUUCCUAAUAGGAAAUGUGCCUGAAAGACUGGAGAACAAGGUGAGUCCCUGGGGCUGUGGUUUCCUGGUGGCCCGAGCUGCUCCGGUGCUUGCUGUGGCUCUUUGCUUGUGCCCUUCUCCUUCGUGCUGCCUCUGGGGCUUGCUGCACCCUACACGGGGUCAGUGUCCUACACUGGUGAAAGAGGUUUGCUUUGUCGUUGUUGUCAGAUUCUUUUGCUUUUGUUUUUUGAUUUUUGUAAUUUAGUGCAUUGACAUGGUGCUAAAGUGCCAGCCUAGGUGCAGGUCAAUUUCUGUGAAGAUCCAGUGAAGGGGACAAAAAGCGUUUUUUUGACUAUAUGUAUUUUGAAUUCAGUAUGUUUAAAUAUUUAAAAAUAGAUUUUCCUCUCCUGUAAGCUUCUAUGCAGAAAGAGUAGAAAUAUGCAUUUUCACAUUGCAUGAAACAGCCCCCCCCCCUUUUUUUUAAUCAGACUACGUUCCCGUGGUUUCGUGAGGUACUGUUGUAACUUCCCUCCUAUUCCCAAGCUGUGGGAGUGUAUUUUGAUUACAAGCCUUGUGGUUCAGUGCUGUUUGGUUUAGGGGUUAUUAUCCUGUUCACAGACUUGCUCUGCUUUCAACUGCCUAUGUGCUGUAUGUUCCACAGCUCCAACAUAAAUGGUUGGUGUUGCUCUUUUCCAAGUGUGUUGUUCCUCUGAAGCCUUGCUCAUGCUUCAUUUACAGCACACCACUUCUUGCUGUCAUUUCUAUAGACCAUCUAGAUACUUAAGAGUGGCUGGCUUGUUUUCUCCCUGUUAGCUCCUAAUUAUGUUUUUUAAAGUGUUUGAGGUCAUAGCUUAGCUUUGCUGCUUUGUACACAGCUAUAGUGAAUCUAUUGUUGUGCUUGGAGAUGGCCUGUUUCAGUCCCUCUGGGGCUGCCUUUCUUUGUGACUGUAAGAAAACGUGUGUCCCGGCCUGAAAAUAAAUGUUGGCUUUUUUUUUUGGGUGCUGUCCCAAUUCUAGUUGGCACUGAUGUCCAGCUUAAAUAAAUAUGAUGUGUGCAGUGA